GGCGGCGGGGAGGGGAGGUGACCCCGCGACAGGUAUUAAAUCAUCAUCAGUCAAGAUGUCUUCAGCACCCGAGCCUCCAGCCUUUAAACAGGAGCCGCCCAAGAAGAAAGACCCGGGAAACGCAGGGCUCAGAGGGGUCCGCACCACAGCCUUAUUUCGAGCUGUGAAUCCAGAGCUCUUCAUUAAACCUAACAAACCUGUAAUGGCUUUCGGAUUGAUAACCCUUUCGCUUUGCGUGGCUUAUAUCGGUUACCUACAUGCGACGCAGGAGAAUAAGAAGGACCUCUAUGAAGCUAUUGAUAGUGAGGGACACAGUUAUAUGAGGCGGAAAACCUCUAAAUGGGAUUAACUGAGCUGGUUGCUGCAGAUGAAGGUUUCCUGGGGACUCUGAAAUCUUCAGCUGAAGAUUAGGACCGCACAGUGUCUUCUUUCUUAUUCCGGAAGAUGCUGCUGAGGAGGAAGGAGGGCGAUUGCAGCCAGACCCCUGGAGUGAAUG